AUGACUUUUAGUGCUGUUAAUAUGGAUCAAAGACCUUUUGAUAGAAGGCCAACACUUAGUAAAAAUUCAUUUUGCUAUUCUUCUUCACCACAACUUUUAAAGUUUGUUUGUUUGCAGUUAACUAUAUUGAGGUUGAAGGUUGUUAUUGAGUGUCCUUGUCCGAUAUCACACUUGGCAAAUGAAGUUAUGUUUAAUCCAGGACGUACCCGACUAUUUAAUCUGUUAAAUGGAGUAAUCUGCGUUUAUAAAUCACCCGGGUUAAGUGUCGAAAAACUAACCAGAUAUAUAAAAUGCUCAUUGGCUGACGCUUUCAAUUUACUUCCAGCUGAAAAACAAUCUAUCCGAACAGCUAUUCAAACAUCCGGUGAUGCCAACAAUAGCUCACUGAAAAUCAUUACAGAACCUGAUAUUGUUGAUAGUGAUCUUGUUUUGGGUAGACGUUUUCUUCCAGGAGAUAUUAUAUUGUAUCCUAUUGAUUCCCUUGAUGAUUUCAUGUCCGGUGUACAAGUUUAUGGUAUUGGAGAAGACGGUGUUUACAAUUAUGCUGAUAAAUUUGAACAAUCCUCUUGGCUUAAAACUUAUCACUUAACAUGUAUGAUGGGACGUGCAUCUACUGAUGGAACACCUAGAAGUACAACACUUCUAAGAGCUUCAUGGAGUAAGUAA